AAACCUGGAACAUAACUAACCUAACUUCUGUCGUUGGGACUUGUGAUCAAAUAGAUAAAAAUAUAGAGAAAAAGUAAUAUUUAUAUGUGUUAAAAGCAUAUUUUACUAACGAAAUGCCAUUUUUUUUAUAGUGAUAUCAUAUUAGCGCUUUUAAAUUGUCACUAUUUGUUGAUUACGUGGUAGACUUCUUUUGUCAGCAGAAGUUUGAGAAACAUGGGUAUUCUAGAGAAAAUAUCGGAAAUCGAAAAAGAAAUAGCAAGAACUCAAAAAAAUAAAGCCACCGAGUACCAUCUGGGACUGCUGAAGGCCAAGCUUGCUAAAUACAGGUCACAGUUACUGGAGCCCUCCAAGAAGGGUGGAGAUAAGGGUGAAGGGUUUGAUGUGCUAAAGUCAGGUGAUGCAAGAGUUGCUCUUAUAGGUUUCCCCUCUGUUGGUAAGUCAACUCUGCUCUCGACAUUGACGCACACACACUCAGAAGCUGCCAGCUAUGAGUUCACAACCCUGACAUGCAUUCCUGGAGUAAUUGAAUAUCGAGGUGCCAACAUACAGCUGCUUGACUUGCCUGGAAUCAUUGAAGGUGCUGCACAGGGCAAGGGUAGAGGAAGACAGGUGAUAGCGGUGGCGCGUACUGCAGACCUGGUGCUGAUGAUGCUGGAUGCGACCAAGCCGUAUGUGCACCGGCAGCUGCUUGAAAAGGAGUUGGAGAGUGUUGGCAUCAGGCUCAAUAAGACUAAACCUAAUAUUUAUUUUAAGGUAAAGAAAGGUGGAGGUCUAUCUUUCAACUCAACAUGCCAGCUAACCAAGGUUGAUGAGAAAAUGGUGCAAAUGAUACUACAUGAAUACAAAAUAUUUAAUGCCGAGGUGCUGUUCCGCGAGGACUGCACACCGGACGAUCUGAUCGACGUGAUCCUGGCGAACCGCGUGUACCUGCCGUGUCUGUACGUGUACAACAAGAUUGAUCAGAUCUCCAUACAGGAAGUCGACAGGAUAGCCAGGGAGCCGCACUCUGUUGUUGUCAGUUGUAACAUGAAGUUGAAUCUGGACUUUCUGCUGGAGACAUUAUGGGAAUACCUGUGCCUCAUACGCGUCUACACCAAGAAGCCCGGACAGCCACCAGACUUUGACGAUGGACUUAUUUUAAGAAAGGGCGUGACAGUGGAGCACGUGUGCCACGCGAUCCACCGGUCCCUCGCCGCGCAGCUGAAGUACGCGCUGGUGUGGGGCACCAGCACCAAGUACUCGCCGCAGCGCGUCGGCCUCGGACACACCGUGCAGGACGAGGACGUCGUGCAGCUCAUCAAGAAGUAGGCGCCGCGACCAGGGGACAGUGCACUCGCCAAUCACACCGUGUAUAUCUUGGGGAAUCAGUUUGUUUAUUGAGUAUACGAAAUAGGAUUUAUGUGCAGCUAGGGUAAUGCUUUUUUUUACUAGCUUUAAUCCUACUAUUGAGCAACAGCCGACCCAAUUACGAUGAUUUCUGCCAAGGUUCGCUCCUUUGAAAUUUUCAGUCUCACGCGGUUUUUACGUAGUCUAAUCGACACCAAUUAAAAAUGAUAAUACAAUAAAAAAAUAUAUUAUCCUUCUGUCUUCGUUGAAUAGUCACACAUCUUUUCUCAAGAUAUAUAUUCAGUGUUAUAUCAGCCGUGCGUCACGAGUAUAGAGCGUAUUUUAUUAUGACAUCCCUCACAAAGUGCGAACGUAGACCCAAUUUUACAUACUGUUAUGUAGUUCCUUAUACGCAACGUAACACGAAAUCAUCAUAUUCAUAUUUUAAAUAUAUUGGAAAUGGACGAUACAACGUGCCCACGCGCACCUCGAAAAUCUAAAACAAUUCUCAGGUGCCUUCAACAAAAGCAAUAUACAUUGUUGGUUCAAAGAAGUAUCAAAGCACUGCCAUUUUAGCUUGCUACAGUAUGAUGCUUUAUUAUAUUUACAGCUAUGUUAAUAACAAUAUAAUGAACAUUAAUCUUGAAACAUUCAAUUGUUGACUAAUUUUUAUAGUUACAAUGUGGUUAAUAUUCAGUAUUGUAGAAAAUUUAUCGCAUUUUAUACAGUGUUACGAGUACAAGUAGAAACAUUUCAUAUUCAUUACAGUUUUUACAAAGAGAUAGGUAUAUGCAUUGUGAGAUUGUCAAUGACUGAAAUUUUAUAGCAUAUUUAUACAAUAACGAUGUACCGCACUGUUCUCUGCUCAAUGCGCUAUAGCUAUAUUAUACAGCCUGAUGCAUAAUAUGGUGGUGUAAAUUACGUAUAAUAUCCGAUCACAAAUUUCCCAAUUCUAUAAGGUGCUAAGAAUACAAUGACAUUGCAAUAAGUUUAAAAUAUAUUUUUCAUAGAUUUUGCUCAAUAAUCAAUUUAUUUUAGAAUGUGUAGGAUUUUUAAUAAAUUUAAUUUUAAACUUCUAUCGUUAUCAUUUUAAAAAUUUAAUAAUCUAAGAAAUUUAAUCUGUUUCACCCAACAAAACUUACUUUUCACAUAAGUGAACUGUUCUAUAAUCUCAUUGCAAAAUAUUUUAAAAUUGUCUUUAUAAUAACCGAUUUAAAACUCAAUAGGCAUUGUAGCAUAAUUAGCAGCAAUAAGUUACCAUAAUACUUUUUGGAUCAGGCUGUAUAAUUUUCUGUUGUAAUACUAUUAAUUGUAUGCAGAUUGCACCAAUUACAACAAUUUCAUUUCAUGUAUAACUAGAAUCCUUUAUCAUAUUUAUUUUUGUCAACAUUUAAAAAUGGCUAGAUCGUUGGUUAUUGGUGUUAGAAUGGAUGCUUAGGAUAAAACAGAAUUUGCCUGUAACGGUAAUGAUUGUGAUGUAAUUUCUUGCAAUAGAUAACCAUUUAAGAUGAUAGAUGGCGUUGAAAUGGUCUGUGACUACUAUAAGUUUAUUCAAACACAAAUAGGAGAGAACUGUUCAAAAUAAAGAUGAAUAAAUUUUUCACAAGUUAUUUCAACAAGAUAAAAUUGACUUUAGGUGCUCAUGUAAGUCAAGAAACUUUUAAUGUUGUCACAGAAAGAGAUUUUGUUCUUAGUCUAGCUCAUCUCAGUUCUGGAUAAUGUUGCAAGAAGUUACAAAUAAUCCUUUGUCUUUCGACUGCAGACCAUACAGGAAAAAAAGUUUUAUUUGUUGUUGACGUUUUGUACUGGUCAUGUUGUAUAUACUCAACAAACUUUUGCAUUGAAAUAAAUACUUUUUUAAAUGCA